AACAACACAUCCAGCAUUUCCAAAAAUCGACUCUUCUCAUUUACCAUCCCUCUCGUCCUGUCGCUGGAGUGGCACUCAUCUCAACUGAAUAGCGACUAUUUGACCGCGGUAUCAGGGAGUCUGUCAGCGAAACCGAUUCCCCUCAAGCCCUUCAACCACAACUUUACAAGCGGUUAUAGGGUCGCUAUAUGGAGAACGGAAAGUGGACGGCAUCUCCCGAUCAGUCUCUGCUGCUGAAAUAUGGCGCCAAUGGAUUGGAUGAAGAAGAAGAGGAGGGGGAGGAGUCCAGGCUGGACUUGACCUUUGACGCCAUUGACGCCGAUAUCAACUUGGACGAAUCUAUUAGGAGCAAUCCCCGCUUGAACGCGCUCAGUGGCCAUGCGAGCUCUUCAGGCAUGACGGACACUAGCGAAAAAGCGCGAAAGACUAUUGAUCGGUGGAGUGCAAACACUGGAAAGCCCGCAACCAUGACCUUGAAGGAGCAAGAAAAGAUCAUUGACGAGCUCAACAAACAGAAUUUCAGUCUCAAGUUGAAAGUCUAUUUUCUGGAGGAUCGGCUAGCAAAGCUUUCUCCUGAACAACUAGACCAAGCAGCACACGAGAACAUUGAACUGAAGGUCAAACUACAGACAUUGCUCUCUGAGCUGAAACAGUACAAGCGGCUCCUCAUGGAAGCACACGCUGCCAUUGAGGUUCUUCAGCAACAAAAGAAUUGCGACCUUCAACACGGCAUGUCGGAGGAGCAGGAGGACGAAUAUCGGAACGCAAUUGCAGAGGGUCUGGAAUUGAAGUCGAAGCUAAAGCAGUUAUCGCAGCAGAUGGAAUCAUUGGAACAGGACUUAAAGGCCAAAGACCUGGAGCUGCAGCAACUUCAGUCCCGCUUGGGAGAGAUUGAUGCGCAGGCGGACGUCAUCGAGGACUUGAAGGAGCUGUCUGGAAAGUAUGAGGACCAAAUCAGAGAGCUCCACGACCAGCUCUCGGAGUACCAGCAGAAUGAAACGCGGUUGCUAGAGAAGUCGAGAGUAGAUGAGGGCUGGGAAGCACGGUAUCGAGAACUCGAACAGAAACUCAAUGCUUCGCUGGAUAUCAGAUCUGAGCUGGAGCAGGAGCUUUCACUUACCAAAUCAGAGAAGGCGGCGUUCGAAGACGAGAUGAAUCAUCAGCUAGAGCAACAUAGAGACGAGCUCGCAAAGGUUAGGAUCGAUGCUGCGGAACUGUCGCAUCAACUCGAGCAUGAGCGGGACCAUAUGCGCCAGAUGCAGGAUAUGCACACCAACGACAUGAACGCCCUUUCCGAACGAUGGACGCUAGACCGUCAGCAACUGAGAGGCCAGAUCUCGGAUUUAAAUAUGGACGUGGAGGAAUUUCGAAAAAUGAACGAACAACUUGAGGCUCAGACACAGGACCUGAUAGCAUGGAGAAAUGAGGAUGCUGCUCGACACGACCAAGAACUGGCUGAUCUGGUUGGUGAACUCGAAGAUAAGACAGUUGAGCUGGCUCAGCUGCAGGAUGAGCUUCAUAAUGCGCGCGACUUGUUGCAGGCAAAGGACGUGGCAAUUGUAGAGCUCGAGAACAGGAUUGAACAAUUGGAGAUGGCUCGGCGAGAAGCGGAAGCUGUCCAUGAUGAGGUGAUUGCUAGGAUGAAAUCGGUAGGUGAAGGUACAUAUUGCUUUUUGUUGGCGAUUGACCGUGGUAUUGAAACUGACCGAAUACUGAAUGCUUCAUGGUUUCUCUAUCAGAAAAUGCAAUCUGGUUCGACUUUGAACGUGCAGGUUGAAUCGAUGUCCGCGAAUGAAUCUCAGCUGAUGAGUGAGGAAUUGGCACAGAUCGGUGAGCACAACCGGAAGCUGGAGUCUCAGCUCCGCGUCGAAACUGAACAGCGAAAACUGUUUGAGCAGCUGAGCCGUGAACGAGAUUCAAAGGGCCAUACUAAAUGGAGCGAAGAGCGGCAGCAGUUGGAGCGUGAAUACGGCGAGCGAGUGGAUGAGCUCGAAGAGAAACUUGCGGCGGCCUCAGAGCAAAUUGCAGAACUUACGAGCGAGCUAAACGGCCGUGAUGGUCAUCUGCGCUACUACAAGGAACAACUCAGGGUGGCCUCCCAGCAGUCCAAGGAAAUCGAGGAGCGCUACGAAGAAAUGGAACUCAAGCUGAACUCUGAACUGGAGGCAACAACAGGCGAACUUUUGGAAAUCCGGCAGGAAUUUGAGCAGAUCAGGGCAGCCAGAGUUGAAAAGAGCGAUCUACUCAGUUCUCAGUCUCAAGAAGUCGAUCGGCUGAAUAUGAAAGCUAGACAGUUGAACAACUCGGUGGCGGCUCUCGAAGAUGAGAAAGAGCAACUGGAGACAGCCCUCCGUGAUAGAGCAACGACCAUUGCCAUGCUGAAAUCACGCCUGACGGAACUCGAGUUGCAGGUGUCGAAGAAGCAGCGAGACGAUGAUAUUUCAGGCGAAACAUCCAAAAGCGAUCUUGUGGAACGAAACUCGCUUCUUCUCACAGUCCUUCAGCAUCUAGAAAGCAUUCUCGGCGGCGACAGUCGCUUGGACAACAACUUUCUUCCGAAGCCGUCUACCAACUUUGCUUACUUUUCAGAACACCUGCUCAAUCGUCUCAAGUCCCUUAGUAAGCUGUUCAUACUCUUUGAAAAGAAGGCAAAAGAGUUGGAAGACAAGUCCACUGGCCAGCUGGUCCACUUGAAAAAACAAUUGGACCUGAAGCUGAGGCAACUGGAUCGGUUCGAGACUAUUGUGCGCAAUGCAGCUGACCGUCAGAAAAAGUGGCGCGAACAGUUGGUCAAGAAGCAGACCGAGAACGAAGAAUUGCAGGCUAAACAUGCGCUAUUGACAAAGACGAUUGCGGAACUGAAGACGAGGUCAGGAUCAGGCGAACGCUCAAGCGAUCUUGAAAAUCGUUGCAGACAUGCUGAACGCAAGCUGCAGCUAGAAAAAACGCGAGCGAUGGAUGCAGAGGAGCGUUGGAAUGCGCGACUCCGCGAACUCGAAAAGCGAACCAGAGAUGCAGAAGAGCGAGUAAAGCGCGAGCGUCAAGGAGCCAAGGAGAAAGUCGCCGGUCUUCUUGAUGAGAAUAAUGCUGCUCAAAAGGCAAUUGAGAAGCUUCAGAGAAAGAACGCGCAGCUGCAGGAACUCGUGGACAUUCACAAUGGCAAACCUGGCAAUCGAACCCUUGUGGACUCGCAGGGACCUGGCACACCCCUUGGCUCUCAACAUCUGCAAAAUUCUGCCCUUAUUCGCAGUUCAACUGAACUAGGGCUCUCGAGAAUGAACGACCAGCUCCGGAACGAACUAGACCAGCGAUCCAAGGUUGUCGAGAAGGAGAGAGAGAAGACACGAUCAACGCUUCGUGAGCUUGAUGCAGUGAAUGCACAAUGCUUCAAGUUGCAGCAGCAGCUCAGCCAGCGAGAAAACGCUAUUAAAAGCACUCUUUCCCGGAUAGAUAUGCUGAGCCAGAGAAGGGAAGUUGCUGAGAAUAUGGCCUUGCGUCAAGCAACCGAGGAUCUCUAUCGGACCCUUGAAAUCGACGAUGCUUGGGAGUAGACAUUGUCUUUUACUUUUCCAUUUUUGUUACCCUUCUACUCUAGUCCUUGUAAUUUUACAUGUGUAGUACCUCAAUAAUACCUGUUUCCUCCGUCCAUCUUGUCAAGAAAUUGAGUAAACGUAUCGAUCUGGGAAUGGACUGACAAAUCCAAAAGUGACAGAGCGAGAAGGUACACGCCAGGAAUGCUUCAGGCCGAUCUCGCGUUGGGAGGUUAGAUAGUUACCAGUUGGUACUCAAAGAAAUGGUAC